GAUCUGCUUCUGGCAUGGAACCCGAUUUGCUUAGGUCUGGUGGAGGGAGUCAUUGGAAAGAUUCAGCUUCAUACAGAUUUUCCAUGGCGGCUCCUCCUAAUACGUCAGAAAGCCGUGGUUGGGAAGCUCCUCGGGGAGCAUCAAGUGUACAAAAUCACCAAGAUCGCCGUGAUCCCACUCUCCGAAGCAGAGCCUCAGGAUUUGGAACUUGAGCUGUGCAAGAAACAUCAUUUCGGGAUCAACAAGACGGAGAAGAUCACCCAAUCUCCCGACGACUCCAAGUUUUUACUCAAGACUUUUAGUCAGAUCAAAUCCAACGUGGCAGCUCCCAUCAAGAAGAAGAUUGAUGAAAUGGGCUCUGAUGUCUUUCAGUUAUUGCAGGUCAAGGAAAACAAGGAGAAGGAGAAGCUGGAGCGACGCUUAUUGGAGGAACUGAUCAAAAUGUUUGUGGACUCGGAUUCGUUUUACUAUAGUCUGACCUACGACCUUACAAAUUCGAUCCAGCGACAGAGCACCUCUGAAAAGAAAGGGUUACCGCUGUGGCAAAGGGUUGAUGAUAGAUUUUUUUGGAACAAGCAUAUGAUUGAUGACCUGGUAAAAUCGAACGACCCGAGUGCACAUUUGUGGAUCAUCCCGAUCAUCCAGGGGUUUGUGCAGAUCGAGGAGCUGGUGGUUAAUUACAACGAAUCGUCAGACGAUGAGAAGAGCAGCCCCGAGACCCCCUCCCAGGAGAUGUGCGCUGACGACAUCCAGCCUCGCUUCCUGGUGGCCAUUAUCUCAAGGAGGAGUCGGCACAGAGCAGGAAUGCGCUACAAGCGCCGGGGCGUCGACGAAAGCGGGAAAGUGGCCAAUUACGUGGAGACGGAGCAGCUGAUUCACGUUCAUAGCCACACUCUGUCGUUCAUCAUUGUUCGGGGCUCAGUGCCCCUCUUCUGGAGUCAGGUUGGGUAUCGGUAUAACCCUCGCCCACGGCUGGACAAACCGGAGAAGGAGACGAUCAGCAGUUUUGCCGAUCACUUUCAGGAGCAGCUGAAGAUAUACAGGAAGCAGGUUAUUAUCAGUCUAGUGGAUCAGACUGGAAGAGAGAAAAUAAUUGGGGAUGCGUUCCUUCGACAAGUUCUGCUGUACAAUAACCCAAAACUCACCUACGUGACAUUUGAUUUCCAUGAGCACUGUCGAGGGAUGAAGUUUGAAAACGUUCAGACCCUAACGGACGCCAUUGCUGACAUUAUCACCGACAUGAAGUGGGGCUGGUUUGACCAGGCAGGAGAGAUCUGCAAGCAGGAAGGAAUCUUCAGGGUUAACUGCAUGGAUUGCUUGGAUCGGACCAAUGUGGUUCAAGCUGCCAUUGCACGGGUGGUCAUGGAGCAGCAGUUGAAGAAGUUGGGUGUCAUGCCCCCAGAGCAGCCACUGCCCCAAAAAUGCUACAGGAUUUACCAGAUCAUGUGGGCCAACAACGGAGACACCAUCAGCAGACAGUACGCUGGCACAGCUGCCCUGAAGGGAGACUUCACGAGAACGGGGGAGAGGAGGCUUGCGGGAGUGAUGAAAGACGGCUACAAUUCCGCUAACCGUUAUUACCUGAACCGCUUCCGUGAUGCCUAUCGACAAGCUGUGAUCGACCUGAUGCAGGGCAGCCCAGUGACUGAAGACCUCUAUUCCAUCUUCAGCAAAGAGAAGGAGCACGAAGCAUUGCAGAAACGGAACCAGCGGAGUCAGCAGGAGCAGAUCAGCUUCCUCCUGCAGAACUACAUGAAGCUGCUGUUGCCUGGUGAUGAGAAAUUCCACGGGGGCUGGGCACUGAUAGAUUGUGACCCGAGCCUUAUUGAUGCGACCCACAGAGAUGUGGAUGUUCUCCUGCUUCUCUCCAAUUGUGCCUACUACGUGGCCUACUACGACGACGAGGUGGAUAAAGUGAAUCAGUAUCAGAGGUUGGAACUGGAGGACUUGGAGAAGAUUGAAAUUGGUCCUGAACCCACUUUCUUUGGGAAGCCAAAGUUUACGUGUAUGAGGCUGCAUUAUAAGCACAACGGUGCCAGUGGGUAUUUUCACACACUGAGAGCCGUGAUCCGCAACCCUGAGGAGGACGGAAAAGACACCCUUCAGUGCAUCGCCGAGAUGCUUCAGCUUACAAAGCAAGCCCUGGAUUUUGAUGUGUCUGUGGUAGAGAAGAAGCUCGAGAGGAAACGCAGUAAACCACAUGAAGACAUCCUUGGGAUCCGAUCGAAGAGCCAGCUUCCUGGCAGCACAGGCCUGGCCCAGGGCAAAAACUACCUGAUCAACAAGUUUUCCUCCCUCAAUCAGAAAGUCAAACAGACCAAAUCCAACGUGAACAUGGGGAACCUUCGUAACCUGGGGAAGCUCAGCAACUUCCCAAAGCCUGACAUGAAGGUCAAUUUUUUGAAACCAAACCUCCGAGUGAACCUGUGGAAGUCAGACAGCAGCUUGGGCACCUCCGAGGCUCCAGUGGUCAUCUCCAAAGAGGAGACAGAUUCAGACGCCGAGAUCUCGUCGGACACCGACUCUUAUGAAUCUGACGAAUUCCUCACCAACUCCAAGUCAGACGAUGAAUGUCAGAUCAUGGACUCAGACGGUGUCGGGCAGCACGACUACAUUCUCCCGAGCUGUGGUAUUGUGGCCACAGGCCCUCGUCCACGGUUAGGGAGCCGGUCACAGUCUGUGUGCAGCACUGAGUUCAAUAUCCAGAAUCUGGCAGAAAUCCUAGUGACUGAGUGCGAGACUGAGCCAGGAAGCAAUGCUGUGAUUAAUGAUGAUUGUGUGGAAGGUACUGAUGCAGACCUAUUAGUUGAUUUUGACACUCCUAUUGAUGUUUACUGUCACAAAUUUGUACAUGACGCACAAUGCAAAAUUCCAGAAGCUCUCGCAGCAAACCGUCCGGUCCAACAAGAGCAACACAUACAAAGCGAUAGUAGCAACGAACCUGCUAAAGAUGGACUUGAAUCUGAAGGAAAAGAACCACCUUUGUCAAGACCUUCCAAGCUGGACGUACUUUCAGCUAACUUGGCUGCAGCUUCUCUCUCAGUGGAGCCAGCAAGUCCCACCAUACCAGCUGAUGAAUCUCUAGCCUCUUCAUCCAACCAGCCCGAAGUGAAGACUUGUUCAAAUGCAACACCUUCGCCGGCAGAUGGUGUGGGCAGCAGGGCUGUCUCCCCCUUUGCUAAGAUCCGAAGCUCUAUGGUGCAGGUUGCAAACUUGACGCAGGCAGGGCUGAUCCAGGGAGUGAACUUUGCUGUGGCCAAGGUCCAGCGGACCCCCGAUAGCGCUGUAAAUGAAGGUGAACAACCCCACCUGAAGGACAUGUUUACACAGUGCCAGACUAGGAUCAUACAGAUUUAGCCACAAGGUGGGCUCCGAUCUGCACCUCAACUAAGAGAACUGCCCUACAAAUGUUAUGACCAUAGGCCCCUUUUAAAAUGUCUACUGUUUUGUACCCAGUCUUAACUAACAACCUUAUUUGAAUGGAACGGUUCAGGAUUUUGGUGAUGAAUGAUUGUUACGCGCCAGUCUGGGUAAAUCCUUAAUUAUUUCACGAAUCUACUGGAGCACUGGCUAUUUGAAAAGGUUGACGUGCAAUAACUGCUGAGAGUUUAUCAAGUUGGGGGUUAUUGUAACCCCAGUUAAUUUAUGGGCUCAUUUGCCCUCAUUUGACUGUUUCCUCCAUUGUGUAACUAGGAGGAAUCGGGAUGUAUUGUGUAACUAGAAGCAUAUGCAGUGCGACACAACUUAAAAUUCAUACUUAGAUUGUAUUUGCAGUGAGUUUAGUUUGUGGGACACAGGAUUCAGAUUUUUCUUCUUUCACAGGGAAACUGCCUUGGGGAGUUUUGAGUUCUGAUUGCAUCAGAAUGAAGCACUCCUCAAAAAGCUUUUUUUUUUAAAAAAAUAUUUUUCAUUGCAUCUAUGUUUUUAUAGAGCAACAAAGCCCAUGCAGUUGAAGUCGAUUGGAAGGGACUGUGACAGCACUUGAGUGAUGAUUCCAACUAUUCCAGUAUUCUAUCCCAUUAUCUACCAAGAAAAAUUAGUCUCUCUUUUCCCCCCUUAUUCUAUCUUUUUGCCAGGGACUGAAUGACUGCGUUCUGUAGUUGAUGCAAUGCAAGUGAAGGGGCCCAAGGCAAGUUUGAAAUUGAUCUGACCUGUUAGCAGUAGUAUCCUCCCAUAGACAGUGCUUCCGUGUUUUUGGUUCCCUGAAAGUCUUAACUGUAGUCUUAAUAUCUUCAGCCUCCUCGAUGUUGCGGAGAAUUUUUCUCUGCACGUUUUCCAUUUCCAGUAAUUGACUUCUGGUAAUAUACCUUUUGAAUGUGCUUAUUUAUUCACGUGUGUCACAGUACUGUGGUUUCUUUAGAUUGUUUUGAAAAUUCCAGCUAUACUUCAAAGUAAAUGUACUCCACUGUAUCAACAUCCAAGGGAUGUAUAUGGGAAAUAUUUUAAUAAAAAGUGUUGAAUGAAAUCUUA